GCAGAAAAUGUUAAAUGUUAAAUGUUGUGUUGUUCUGUAUAGAUUGUCUCUUCUGGUGCUCAUACGUAGCACCUUCACACCAUGACCACACUUCCUGUGCAGCAGUUUGGCCUGUUCUGUGGUUAUUUUGUUCAAAGACUAAACCACUUCUUUGUCUUGAUGUUGACGUUGAACCAUCACACUACCAUCUGUAACUCGUCCUGAUUUCAGAUCCAUCGUUGGACCAGUACACUACAUGCUGCUGGUUCUUCUCUCAGAGAUUGGGCCAUGGGAUCGUCUUGGGGAGAUCUGCCCCUGUGCUACCACGGUGCCAUUAGCAAAAUGGAGUGUGAAGAUAUUCUUAACCAGAAGAACAAGGAUGGAGCGUACCUGAUCCGUGACAGUGAGACCAUUCAGGGAGCCAUGUGUCUGUGUGUGUAUAAGAAGAAGGUGGUGUACACAUACAGACUUUUUCGCACAUUCUCUGGACAGAUCGCCCUCAUGACAGCACGGGGCGUAGAAGAAAUAUUCUUCAAGAGUGUGGAAGAUCUGAUUCUUUACUUUAAGAAGAAGAACAGGGGUCUGGCCAUGCACUUGCGACAUUCUGUGAAGAGAAAGGCUGUCUCUUUGAUCCAACGUCACAGGCCACCUGAAAGUGCACCUGUAUAGGAAUCCCAGCUUCAGGAGUGUGCCAGUACGAGUUAAAACGUUUUAAUUGUGCACUGGUGAUACCAAUAUAUUUCAGAUCUUUGGGCUUUUUAUUAUGUCAUACGCAUACUAAUAUAUAUUCCCUGCAAUUGUAACAAAGAUGUGUUUCCAUUACAGGAGCUAUAAUCUGGAACUAUAUAUUUUUGCCAAGAAUUAUAUGUAAUGAGAUGUGGCACUGUUGCUACAAAUUCCUGGAAUUCCUGGAAACAAGAGCAAUGGUGUUAUUUAAUAUUUAUGUAUUAACAAAUAUUUUACUACUUUUUAUGUCCUAUACGACAUAGACUGCAACAUUUAAUUUUUUUUAAAUUGUUUAAUUUAAAUUUGAUUGUAUAAAUAAAAAUGUUAGUAU